AUGGAGGGUAAAUAUUAUGUUGUUGAUGUUGGGUAUGCUAACAUGCCAGGAUAUCUAGCACCAUAUACAGGAGUACGUUAUCAUUUACAAGAAUUUCAAAGAAAUCGCCAACCAAGAGGAGUUAGAGAACUGUUUAAUUAUGCUCACUCAUCUCUUAGAAAUAUAAUUGAAAGUUGUUUUGGAGUUUGGAAGGCUCGGUGGGCAAUUUUAAAACAUAUGGCUCCUUUUCCAUUCCCAACACAAAGGUUAAUUGUGAUUGCAUCAAUGGUAUUACACAAUGAUAUACGACAAGAAGCAAUAACAGAUGCCGAAUUUCGACGAUACGAUGAUGAUGAAGGUUGUGCCAGUGACAACGAUGAUAUGUACACGCGUGCUACUUUAUCGGAAUCUAGUGGAACGGUGGACCAACAACAAGAGAUGAGCAUUAUACGUGAUGGGAUUGCUAAUUCAAUAUGGCAAUCAACUAGAUAA